UGUUGGUAUGUACAUGUGAGUCCGUAUACUUUUCAGGAUCUAACAGUGUCGAAUAGUAGAUCCACGAGUCUAUUAGAACGGUAUAAAAUAAAAAAAAAUCGUCAAAUCGGUCAACUACCACCAGUUUAUCCCAACGGUUGGUUUGGUCUACUUGAAAGCUCUGCAUUAAAAAAAGGACAAGUCGAGCAUGUUGCAGCUCUUGGUGAAAACUUCGCUGUCUUUCGAACCGAAAGUGGUACAGUACGCAUCAUAAAUGCAUACUGCCCACAUUUAGGAGCAAACAUGGCUGAGGGCGGCCAAGUUAAAGGAGAGGAAUUGGAAUGUCCUUUUCACAGUUGGCGCUUCUGCGGUGAAACUGGAAAAUGUUCUGGCAUACCAUACUCCAAAAGCGUGCCAGCAACGAUCAAAACAAAAGUGUGGAAUAGUCUGGAAGUUAACGGAAUAAUUUUCGUUUGGUAUCACGCUGAAUUCGCAUCACCCAACUGGUGGCCACAGCAAAUUGAAAAAAUAUCAAAUGGGACUUGGAAGUAUCAUGGGCGUAACGAAUUUUACGUUAAUUGCCAUAUCCAAGAAAUACCGGAAAAUGGUGCAGACUGGGCACACCUUAGCGCAGUCCACGGUCCCUCCGUACUCGCUACCGAUUUCAUCUCUAAAAUUGUCUAUCACUCGUGGACCAAUGUAGCUUGGACGAGCAAAUCAUCGGAUUCUCAGAAAAGCUCGUCUUUUCUCAAUGAAUUGGACAUAAGUGAAGGGCCCUCGGAUCAAGAAGGGAGCAGAGCUCACAAAGCUACCAGUCGUCUACGGCACAAUCUUGUUCUCUUCAAGAAGUUUUCAAUCCUCCAGCUGGACGUUGAGGCUAGUCAAAUUGGCCCGGGUUACGUAGAGUUACACAUCGACACUUCAUUCGGCCCAAUGUGUAUUAUACAAACAGUGACUCCCUUACAGCCACUCCUACAAAGAGUCACUCACCAAAUGUACGCGCCGAUGCUGGUCGCGCCUUAUUCGAGGAUAGUGCUAAUUGGAGAAAGUAUGAUGUUCGAAAGGGAUGUAUUAGUGUGGAACCAUAAGAAGUACGUGGAAAAUCCAAUGCUGGUUAGUGAAGAUAGAACAAUUAAGGCCUAUAGGAGGUGGUACAAGCAAUUCUACUCGGAAAGCAGUCCUACGUACAAAUCAUGCAGGAACACUAUAGAGUGGUAGUUUAAAGAGGCCAGUUACAUUGAAAAGCCAGAGUAAAUUUUAUUUAUUGUUAUAUUUUUAUGUUAGACGCUUAUUGACGAUAAUUGCUUAAUGAGGAACUUUAAGCAACAGAUAAUUUGCAAGAA